AUGGGGGUUAGAUGUGGCUACAACUAUAGAGACGUCCCAGUUGAAGAACUUGAGUCCCUGCUGAACCUCCAUACUCUGGCCAAGAGAAGAGAUGUUGCGGACCUGGCUUUCUUGUUAAAACUGAUCAAUGGUAAAAUUGACUCUCCUCAGCUGUUGGAAAAGCUGUUAUUUCGAGUUCCAGGCAGUACCAGGUCUACAGAUGUUUUCUUCAGGGCUAAGUACAGAACAAACUACCUGGGUAAUAGUCCGAUGAUCCGACUCCAACGGCUAGGAAACGAAUUCUCAACUCAUGUUGACCUCUACAGCGACAGUCUAGCCUCCCUUAAACAUAAAAUCCUACACUUAUGUGGCUAUGUUGAUUCUCCCCCUCUGACUGCUGACUGUGGUUUGUUCGACAGCAAUGUGACCACUAUCCACCUACAGAGAUAUCACAGACACAAUGGCUCGCUGGCUGACCUGGGUCACCACCUGAGGACGGUCCGCAGUGCCAAGGGUGGCGUCGACGUCAAGCUUAAAGACUUCCAGGACAUGUACUAUUUCGCACCCAUCAAGAUCGGCAGCCCAGGACAGAGUGUCGUCGUGGAGUUUGACACGGGAUCUGCAGACCUGUGGGUGCCCUCCAGUAGCAUCUGCAAGAAAAAGGACAGCUACUGCCAGAAGCACAACACCUACUCCCACAAGGACAGCAGUAGUUACGAGAAGGAUGGGGCCAAGUUCAGCAUCACAUACGGGGCUGGUUCCGUGUCUGGCCACAAGUCGAAGGAUAAAGUAUCGGUAGGAUCGUUGCACUUAAGUAAUCAGAUUUUCGGAGAGGCGACAUCCAUCAAUGACGUCACAGCGUCUCACAAGUAUGACGGUAUGUUCGGCCUUGCCUAUCCCUCCGUAUCUCUGCUAGGCGUGGACCCGCCCUUUGUCAACAUGUACAAGCAGGGAGUCGUUGAUAAACAUGUGUUUGCGAUGCAUUUAGGCAAGCAGGGUUCUGAGUGGUCUUCUAGUGGCAAGGCGGAGUUGGUCCUUGGAGGGGUUGACUCCGCUCACUACAAGGGUCACUUUACCUUUCCAUCGGUCACCAAGAGAGAACAUUUGACGCAGGGUUCUGAGUGGUCUUCUAGUGGCAAGGCGGAGUUGGUCCUUGGAGGGGUUGACUCCGCUCACUACAAGGGGGACUUUACCUUCGCAUCGGUCACCAAGAGAGAGCACUGGACGAUCAGGAUUGACUGCGUAAAGCUUGGAUCAAAACAAGUUCACUCCUCCUACAAGGCAAUGGUAGACUCCGGCACUACUUUCUUGUACGGGCCCAACAAAGCCAUAGACACCAUCAAUAAAGCACUCAACGGGACCUAUGACGACAUCUACUUAUAUGUCGAUUGCUCCAACAUUAGCAAGUAUCCUGACGUAACUUACGUGAUAAGUGGAAAAUCUUUUGUACUGCACCCUUCCGACUACAUUGUCAAGGUAAAGGACAAACACAAAUGCAUCAGUGGUUUCAUAGGGUUCUACGACCUCUCGUUCUUCGUACUGGGUGACGUCUUCAUGAGGAAGUUUUACACUCAGUUUGACAUGGGCAACAAUCGUGUGGGCUUCGCUACUGCCAAGUGAACUAACGGAAUUAUUGUCUACGAUUCUACUACUAAUAAAAUCAUUUUAAAA